CUAUUGUGACUUUCUUCCCGUUCAACAGUAACAAACACCGUAGACCUCUACCUGUACGCACCACACAGGGAGGGGUUUUGAAUGCUGUUGUGCGACUGUCAAGAGGCACUGGAAUUUGAAAUCGAGGAAAUAAGACGUCGGACUGAAGAGCAAACGGUCCGUAACCCAUAACUUACCGACUCCGGUCUGUUUUGCGGUUUAUUCCUAUUAGAUUUCCCCCCUGAGAAAUCAGUCAAGGAAUAUUCAUUGCGUUCUGGUGUGGUGGUGGGGAUUUCAUGUCCACCCCGUCUUUUUAGAAUGGCGAGAGAAUACGCUAAACAUUGCCCCGCAUCACCAAUGAAAAACAGUUUGUUGGUGACAGCAGCGAUCCUUCUGAUUAUUCAAGCUGCUUCGUGUCAGCGGGUGAGGGUGGAGACGGAGGUGGAGGCGUACCCCACCGAGUCGGUCGACCUCCGCUGUCAGUUUGUCGACGGAGGAAACACCAAGCUCACACAGGUGUCGUGGAUAUGGGAGCCCACGGAAGGCCAGCGGGACAACAUUGCCGUCUUUCACCCCACAUACGGCGAGAGCUUCCCCGAAUCUCCCUUCUCUGGGCGUGUCCGCUUCAUCAAAGGCACCUUGACAAGCCCCUCCAUUACCAUUACCAGCCUGAAGAUGGCCGACGCCGGGCGGUACACCUGCGAGUACGCCACCUACCCCAGCGGCAAUGAGCAAGGCACCACCAAUCUGGUCAUGCUUGCUAAACCCAAGAAUUCGGCAUCUCCCGUUGUCGUCCAAGCCAGCGGCGAACCAGUGGUCGUGGCCCAGUGCGAGGCUGCCGACAGCAAGCCAGCGGCCACCAUCAAGUGGAUGGGAGCGGUCGGUGGCACUGAAAACACCACCUCCGUAAAAGGGCCGGACGGCACGGUGACGGUGAGGAGCGAGUACCUCAUAGUGCCCACGCCAGAGGACAACGGCAAGGAGGUCACCUGCAUAAUCAGCCAGCGCACCCAGGACAAGCCCCAGACCUUCCCCAUGAAGUUGGCCGUCGAGUAUCCCCCGACUGUGUCCAUAGUGGGCUAUGAUAACAACUGGUACAUCGGCCGAACCGACGCUGUCCUGAUCUGCCAGGCCACUGGCAACCCUGCCCCCACCACCGUCACAUGGACAGUCAUGUCAGGUCCUAUGCCUGACACGGUGCAGAUCAACGCCAACAAGCUGAUCGUGCGGAAGGUGGACGAGGCUGUGAACACCACCUUCGUCUGCGAGGUGAAGAACCGGCUGGGAGUGAGCAAGCACCAGGUCACCACAGCGGUCAUCGAGGCCAUAGUGGACCCGUCCAACGCGGGCGUGGUGGCGGGGGCUAUCAUCGGCAGCCUGCUGGCCCUUCUGCUGGUCAGCGCGCUGAUUGCCGUCCUGGUGACCCGCAGUCGCCGGCAACGGCGCGGAUACCCCGGCAACGGAGAGCCAGGCCCCUACGGGAACAAAGCCCGCCUCUUCGGCGGAGCUGGCAACAAGAAUGGAGGCACUGGGCUCAACAUCAAUGGGCCCAUCUAUACGUACCGCGAGAGUGACCCCGGAGCACUGGCCAAGGUUAACGACUUCCACGGCCCGCCAGGCUCCAACCCCACCGCCCACGACAUCCUGCUGAGCAGCGAAAUGGAUGAGGCGGAGCGCAGGAAGUUCGACGCACUCGACGGCAGCCUGGAGGAGGAAGAGGAGCGCUAUGACAGCUUCAGCGUGGGCAUGGCGCCAGCCUAUCACAUCCACCGGCGCGACGACGAGAUGGGAGGGGUCAGCAUUUACCUGGAUGAUGACAUGGAGUCACAGCGGGACGGGUCGGUCAUCUCCCGGACUGCCAUCUACGUCUAGAGAGGGACGGUCAACCAACAGGGUCCAGAAGGGAGAGCUGAGGACAGGGAGGAGAGUUCACCAACCUCCAACCACCUGUCUGGAAUGAUCCCAUCAACCACCCUUCCCCUGCUUACUCUAGAGACAUGCUUCGCUUAUGAUUAUUUUCUAUUAAAAGAAACCACCACAGAAACAAAACAAGGAGUUGAAACUGUUCUGUAACUGAUGGACAAGCAGAGGGAUGACUUGAGGGCGCUGCUGAAUGACUAGACGUCUCGAAGUCAGUCAGUCAGUCAGUCAGUCAGUCAGUCAGUCAGUCAGUCAGUCAGUCUACCCCAAAAAUCAAACGCUGUAUCUCCUCUUCAAUGCUGCUUUACCGCUCCAUUUCAUUUCAGCUUAGCAAGUGAAACGUGAAGAGUGACCGCAUUUAGUAGCCAACUAAUCCACGGGACUGCGAACACCGUAAAGACUUUUUCUUGGUAAGGAAAUGUCACGUUCUAUGUCACCUUCAUGGGAAAACUUUAGACGCAUUCGUAGAUGCUGACACUAGUUCUAUAACCACGGCUACUGCUUUGAGAUGUCCUCCGGUGAACCGCGGUGUGGAGGGCAAGGAACAAAGCUGUGACUUGCUUAAUGUGCAUCAUCGCAGGCAUUCAUACACAGCGUUAUGUAAUGGUCUUUGUAUUGUCAAGAUGUUUGGGCCUUAAUAAGGGCCUCGUUGAAGCACGUUUGGUUUUAAUGACUAUUAGGCAGAGGUUCUUCCCACCUACUUAGUUUCCAAACUUUAUUUUCAUGCACUUUUCCUUCUUUCUAAUGGCUUUGUGAUUCUUUUCUUUUACAUUUGGGAGACCAGCGACAUGGUAGACCAAGCUGGGGGUGGGGUUUGAACCAGAGAAGUGGAGCGACCAGAUCCGUUAAUUUUUUUCUCCACCUGAAUGUUGGCUCUGUUCAUGUUGGUGGAAUUUCACUGCUAAGCAGGGGUCAGCGGAUCAGCUGGCACCGUCCGAGGUGUGCUAGCCUACCAUGCUUAGGGUCCAAAAUCAGCUUGUCUCGUUUGCCUAGGGACAGAUAACAGACCCACUGACAGAUGGACAGGCACACCCAUCUCUAACUGGGCCUCCUGCUCUGCCUGUCAGUUUGACCAAUUAGACGGGAGCACCCUCCAUUUCCCCGGCAAGUCGAUCAAUGCGCCGUCUUUUUAAUGGCAACGAGAUGUUUCGCUGCCGACGCUCGAGGAUCAGAGGCAGAGGCGGAAUAUUUCCCUCUUCUGUUUUUACCAGAACAAGCUGUUCCUUCCCCGCAUGUUUAAUUCAGGAGUGGAAGAAGCAUAAAAGUGUUGCGCGUUACCUUGUGCGGAUAGAGAGAGAGGCUGGUAUUGAGUACUUGUGCGAUUUAAUCCAGUUAAACCAAGCUGCACAUAAAGCUGAAAUGAUGAUAUUUUGCUCCCGAAUACAGUAGGAAUUAUGAGGUGGUAUGAGGUAGACCGUCUAUGAUCAAUUAUCUACUUAGUCUUAGAAAUAUUCUCUCUUUUUUUUUAGCAGGGCGGAAUACUUAGUAGAGUAUUUAUAUUUGUCUUUUUUUUUUGCUGCGUCUCUGUGUAAUCUCUUCUGGCCUUCUAAGGGGGCAGUAACACAUUAAAUAUGCCUGUGACUGUGUGUGGGGGUAUUUCUGACCAUGUGCAAGGCCCAUUAGUUCUAAGCCUGGCCAGCAUAUGUGUUUUUGAGUUCUGAGUGGACCGAAUUUGACUCUCUGCCAGACCUGGAACGAGGGUAAGGAGCUAACCCCACCCGCAGUAUGUUCCACUGUCGGAUUAGCGGUGUACACUUUAAAGCAGCGGCCGCGCGUGGGUGUGCUGACGAGUGUGUCAAUUGUGCAAGGGUGUGUGUAGCGUGAUUGUGUGUGUGUGUGAUUGUGUGAUUGUGUGUGUGUGUGUGUGUGUGUGUGUGUGUGUGUGUGUGUGUGUGUGUGUGUGUGUAUAUCCCACACGCUGAUUCACCGCGUAAUAGCUCAAUAUUAUGCAGGAGUUGUUUUUGCAUAAUUUCAUACAUAUGGAUUGCUAAGCCUAUCCUGAUUUUAUCUCGGGAGUCAUUCAUCACUCAUUUCAUGCACAGUAACCUCACUGAUGAAGGGGUUGGGGGACGGUGAUACGAAACUGCUUAGCACGAGGACCCGCAUGGACAUGAAUAUUUCACUGGCGGAGCUGGAGUGACUCAAAGGGCCUUUGGAGUGGUCUCCUGUGCCACCCCUUGACAGAUGGAAACUUGAUUGGGUAUUGGUAUCCGGGCCGCUGCUCUGAGAAUAUUGUCUUCGACUCCUCCUCCUCCUUUGCCUUUUUUAUCACAGAUUCAUAUCACAUUAUCAGAUCAUCACCACUGUGUCCAAAUGAACGGUUUGUUUUCCUUAUGAUGUUUUGUGCGAAUGGAUGUAAGCAUUUUUAACAGUCUUAUGUGAAGUGUUGGUUGUGUGUUUGUUGAUGUAAAAAAAAAAAAUCCAUUUAAUUAAGUAAGUGUGUAUUUAUCUUCGAGGCUUCCGAUAAGAAAUGUUAUUUAGAAGUGCUGUGUAGAUUAUGGUAAAUUGGUCCAUUAACACAGACUACUAUUAUGGGAAUUGGUUGCAAAAUAACCAAUGAAUACAAAAUGACCUUACUGUAAUUACAUGUGUGUCAAUGCAUGUAUCUUGUAGCCUACUGGUACAUUAUAUUAUGGAGGGCCUUGAACUCGAAGCUGCUCUCACCAUCUUCUCCACACAAACACUCUCUCUCUCUCUUUCUUCCACAGAUAAACUCACAUGAGAGCAUAUAAUCACCCUCUCUCAAGAUCUGUUUCACCCAUAGAAUGCACACACACACACACACACACACACACACAUAUCUUUCCCCGACCUGACACACACCUUGAGUGCAAUGCCUCCCAUUAGCAGGGGCAAGAUUGUUCCUCGUUGGGCUCAAUCAUCAUUCUCCAUCUUGCUAUAAAGAUGAACAGAGAGAGAGAACAUCUCUCUCUACAGAGGCUUAAAACCUUUAAUUCCCCCAUUUCCCUGUUUUUAAGAAGUAAACCCAGCACCAAUUUCACCAAUUUCACAUGGAAUAAAAUGCUAAGUUUCUGGGAUAAAAUUACUCUCCCUGUCUAAGGGCAGUGGUGGUGGUCAUUUUAAAAAGCCUAAUGGGUCACGACAGCCUACAAUUCACGCUCGACUCUAAUCUCAAGACAACCAAACAAAGCCUUAAAUUCACAAUUCCACCACAUGCAGUAUUCCCUGUGUCCCUCGUGUACAUAGUAUAAAUAAAUUGAACAUAACGUGCAACAAGCAUGACUAAUUGAUGUGGUCAUGUUAGCCCAGUUGCUGGCAUAAUAAGAUAUUCCAUUUUUUUCGGUUAAAUUCUACAGUGGGGUAUGUUUUUUUAAUCUUCUUUUCUUGAGCACAAUAUUGACAGGAUUAUGACCUGGAGAAUAUGACUAAUAUUAAAAUGCUCCUAUAUUCCCAGAUGUUUGUCUCUCACUACAAGCUGCUAGUAUAACGAUGUUCUCUGUAUCGCCAUCUGACAUUGUGGGUGUUUCGUUUCAGUUUGUCCUGUCACAUUUAUUUUUGUAUUCUGGUGUUAUUAAAGUAUGAUGGAUUUCUAAAUAUGA